AUGACUCCCGCUAAAAGGCUAGCGGCAGUACUGAACCACAAAGGCAAACCACAGCGAGUUAACGGACUAGCGCUACUCCUGAUGAAGGCAACUCAAGCAAGUCAUCAAAGAAAUCCUUACGAAGAACACGAGGAAGAUAGCAUCGAAGAAGGUCAUCCUCACCCAGAGUUCCACAGUGCCAGGCGUGAAAGCUCCACUUCUCCAGGUACAUUAUGGAGGAUGCCGACGAGCCCUAUCUACGACGAUUUCGUGGCCAGCUUCUCCGGACCGAAUCGUCCUGAUAACAAGAACAAAGAGCACAAGAGAGAAGACACUAUGCGAUACACGACGGAAAGGUGGAGAUCUAGUGAAUACAGCUCGGGAACUAGAGUAAAAGAUGAGCGCGAUGUUCUGUUCCAAAGGCAGACCUCAACGUCUUUCCCUCAGAGGGCAAAAACUACUAAGAGAGAACCUUUUGGAAAUGAAGUCGAAAGGGACUCCUUGGAAGGAAUGGAUGGCGGUGUAGCCGAUAUGAGAAAAAAUGUGCGGCGAGACGAACAACUAGAAACGACAUAUCCACAAGAAUUAUGGGAGGCCGUCUUGCACAGCCUAAAAAACAUCCUCACAUGCACUCGUGAUAAAGCUAAUCGUUUCCUCUGUCGUCGUGAAACUCAGCAGCUUCUCUCGACAAUAGGGCCCAUGAUCCUGGUCGCCAGCUCCCAUCAGCUCUGUUUGUUCCUAGAUCUAUUCAUCCCCAUCGGUCUCCUAUUCACCGGGAGUUCAUGUGCGCGGGGUUUAUUCACCGGGGCAAGAACAGGUGCAGCGAGAUGGGUGCUCUUGGGAGAACUAGACAUCUCAACCACCGAAGACGACGCCAGGCCGCAAGAAAAGGAGAUCGUCGAGAGGCUGAAGUACCCCAACUACCAGGAACCUGCGACUUACCACGACAUUGCGCUCUUCAAGAUGGACAGUGACGUUAUAUUCACAUCCUGGGUGGCUCCGGCCUGCCUCCACUUCAGCAGGAACAUACAUUCCUCGAUAGCGACGGUCACUGGAUGGGGAAGGACCGGUUUUGUAAGUGAAAUAAGUAAUGCAUUGCUGGAAGUGGACUUGAAUAUAUUCAACGAUACUUUGUGCACCUCGACGGUGAAUAAGCUCGCGGGGCCGAAAAUGCCGAGAGGUUAUGACGCAGCGACCAUGAUCUGUGCCGGACAUAUUGCCGGCGGCAAGGACGCCUGCCAGGGUGAUUCUGGUGGACCUCUUGUCAUCACGGAUGACAGCUGCAUCAAGACACAGAUUGGGAUCACCUCCAUUGGAAGUGACUGCGGCCUCCCGAACUCUCCAGGUAUCUACACCAGGGUGUCAGAGUACGUAUCCUGGAUUGAGGGCAUCGUCUGGAGUUGAAUUAACAGAUCAGUCUCAGAUUAUCUGGAAGAUAUGAAACUGACGUUUAAAAGAAACUGGAAUGAAAGGUCAUGAGUUCGAAAUCGGAAUACAAAGUGGUUUUGUAGUAGAACGUGCACUGUUAUGGUCGAUCGAUGUUUUGAUUGAAGUUGAACAUUUUUUUAAAGCUUGAUAUUAUAUCAGAAUAAUUAAAUAUAUAAACAACUAUGAACUGGUUACUUUCAAAAUAUUUAGUCUGUUCAGUGUAACUUGAGUUUUGGAUAGUUAAUUAUAAUAUAAUAAACUGACGCGCAUUUGUUAGGAAGUGUUCUUCAUCAAAAGUUGAAAAUAUUGUAAUCGCGAUUUUUUUUUUUUUUAAUGGAAAAAUGGAAUAAAUACAUAUGUAGCAAUCAAUUUAUUUAUUAAAAAUUAAAUAAUUAAAAGUUUCCUGACACCAGGUAGAUAAUUCUUCGUAACCAAUUGUUGUGAACAGUGUGAACCUUUAUCUCUAAUAUAUUAUAACAUUAAAUUAAUUAGUUAUAUAAAUUAAUUUACAUUUAUGUUAUAAUUAUACUAUAAGCAAAUUUGUACCUGAAACGAUAGGACAUUUUUAUAAAUAUGUAACAAUUAAUAUGAGAUUUGCUAUAUAUUGGCAUUACAAAUAAGAAGACUGUUUAAACCAAUUUGAUUUAUAUUUUCAAUUGAAACUUUAAAUAGUAUAUUAUAUCAUGAUUUAAAUAUCAAGAGCUUUCAGCUAGAAAAUAAUAAUAUAUAGCUUAAAAAAUUGAGUUGCAAACUCGAUCUUUUGGUUUGAAAAUCCUAUAAGGACUAGCUUUAGAAAGCAAAUUAAAAUUUCUUAUCAUUUUACCACAGAUUGAAAUUUAUCCCGAUAAUAAAAAUAACCAAAUGUUAUUGAAACAAAUUAUUAAGAGUAAUCAAGCUUUCCUACAAGAAAUUUCUAAAUUAAGCCAAGUACAUUUAUUAUUAUUGUGUUUGAUUGCUUCUUUAAACAUUGAUUAUGUCAUAAAGCAUGAAAGAUAUUAAGGAAAUGUUAAGCAAUAGUUAUUUAUUAUUUUUAUAAUCAUUCGCCUAUUAUUUUAUAUAGGUAUACAUGUUGUAAUUUUUUUUUUCAUUAUAAACAUGUAUAGCUUUAUUUUGAUGUUUUCCUAAACCAUUGAAGGUUUAAAGAUCCUCUGAUUGCUUAUUUUAACUCAAUUUAUUGUUUAAUAAAACAUUUUUUUUAUUUACAACUUUAAUA